AUGUGGCUACUGGGAAGGGUCCUCACCAUCGCCUGCCUGCUUGGUUUCUCAAUUGGCACACCACAACAAACCCUCAAGUUCGCCCCACCUUCAGGCAAUGGCGAUGCGCAAAAUGCCAACAACACCAACAAAUUAGUGUUCUCGUCGACAACCCCCCAGUCAUCGUCACCGAUUAUUUUUGCCAAGGAUGAUGAUACACUCUAUGAUCGUUCGAUAUUCUCAACAACUGCGAAUUUUUAUCCCGACUCUUAUAAUCGUCCACCAAUAUUUGCCUCAGCUAAGUCAAUACAACAAUUGGCUCGAUCUAACGGCGACCCAGUUACAAGUUCUCCCAUGGAUGCGGCAAAUAACACCAAACCUAUAGCUCCCGCAAAUAAAUUACCCUUAGGACCACCAGUGUUUGCCACACUUCGGGCGGAAGCUUCUCAACGCGUUCCAAUCGAUUUUAACAAACACGAGGAGGAAUAUUUAAAGGUCUUAGCCAAGGGUGCUGAAGAAUUUGGUUUGGAAUUUUUGGAAAAAUUAUCUGAUGCCCACAAACCGAUGCCACAUCGUAGUUAUAUGGCAUCUCCGCUGUCGGUGUGGUCUCUAAUGGUGUUGUUAACCGAAGGUGCUGAGGAUAACACACUAAAGGAGUUGCGAAAUACCCUGAGGAUAAAUAAUCAAACGCCAUAUGGUUUGAGAGUGGCAUAUCGCAAGAUAAAGCAGAGAUUGAAUGCCGUCACAAAUUUCGUAGAGGUCGCCUCCUACCAGGCCAUUUUCACAGAUAUCAACAAACCAGUGCAGCGUGAUUUUGAAGAUGUCAUAGAACGUGAAUAUCAAUCGGUCUUAACUCCUGUAGAUUUUUCAGAUGUCAAUACCACUUUUGUCCGGAUCAACAGUGAAAUCGAUAAGGCCACCAAGGGCCUAUUGCCAUAUUCUAUCUUGCCUCAGGAUCUCAUUGACGUCCAGCUCUUGAUGAUUUCUACUUUGUAUUUUAAGGGUAAAUGGAAGUAUCCUUUCGAGACCAUCAACACCCAAUCGUUACCGUUCCAUGAUGAAGAAGGCCAGGUCACUGGCAAUGUUCAAAUGAUGUCACAAAUGGGCCCCUUUACGUAUGUUUUUGUUCCCGGCAUUGAUAGUUUUGUUCUGGAACUGCCUUAUGGUCAGUCGAAUUUAAUGUCUAUGUUGGUCGUAUUCCCAAGGAAAGGUACCAAAGUGAAUUUCGUUAUGAAUAAUUUACGCAAUGUCGGAAUUUCUGCUAUACUUCAGCAGCUGGAAGAAGAAGAACGUGCCCUGGAGGAGGAGGGUAUACCCAAUGAAGUGGAAGUAUAUCUGCCACGAUUCACCACAGAAUCCCAUUUUUCGCUGAGAUAUAUUUUGGAGAAUAUGGGUAUCAUUGAUGUCUUCCAGCCGCACUAUGCAAACCUCACCAAAAUUGCCAAGGAUGUUUUUGUAUCGAGCAUAUUCCAGUCGAGUCGUAUUAUUGUCAACGAAGAUGGUACCGAGGCGGCAGCCUUAUCUGUGGCCUCUUUGCUAAAUAAGGCCUCACCCGUCAGGUUUUAUUUGGAUCGUCCAUUUGCCUAUUUGAUUGUUGAAAAGACGGCACAGCUUUUAUUGUUUGCCGGUGAAAUAAAAUCGCACGCGUAA